AUGGAUGCGACCCAACCGCCGCUGCACCUGGUCAACCUUGCACAGCUCUUCCGGGACGGACCUGUCCGGACGCAGCGCCGAUGGAUCGAGCUCGCCGCACUCCGAGGCCAAGGAAUUAGCCCCCAAGCCCCGCGCAAACAGCUGGGAACCCAUGUGCCUCGGACUAAGGUGGUCGUAGAGCCCGCGCCCAGCCACGACGGCUCCACCACCUUUGCCGCCUACUCCUUGCCGGUGCCUCUGCUGCCAGCCGACCCGGACAGCGAGGACGGCUAUAGCAACGGCCCGCCUACCACAGAACCAAAGAAGCACCGCCCUAUAUUCGGAAUUCGCAUCUACGACAUGGCGUCGGAUGCUACGGUUGAGCGUGCUGCCGUUCUUGCGCGGCGCGUCUCGGAGCUGACGCGCGAUGAUCACUCGUGGGAGCAAGCGCUUGAAGGUACCACUGAUGUCGGCGGCGAGGCUCUCUAUGGGCGGUUCCUCAGAGUCCGCUACGACAGGACCCGGGACGAGUCUGACUCGGAGGAUGAGGACAAGCCAAGGCGCGAGUUCUUUGUGGUGCAAUGCCGCUUGGAGCAAUUGGGCUCCAAGCUUUCCGACUUCCGAGGGUUCAGGGGCAAUGUACACAGGUUCUACCAGACUCAUUUUAUUCCGGACCGCGUGUUGGACAAGGAAUUGGCUCCGGCGAGAGCUCCCGCGGCUGGUGUGGAAGUGCCGAGACCAGUAGUCACUCCUUAUUACGAGCGAGAAAACUGGUAGACUGAAACAUGGACACGUGGUCCCACUGUCAGACUUCCGUCACCCUGCCUCCCUCCUCAGUCAUCAAAUCCGGCAAUAGGAGAAACAGUGACGCUUGAAUUAAUAUAGCUGGUCGGGAUGGGCGUCAUGGAGAGGGUAAAUAUGGUGCUAUAAUGAUUAGCAGGUUGGCAA